AUGGGCGGUGGGCAGAGCCAAGAGACAAAUCCAUUCGGGCCUGAUGGCUGGACCCCGGACAGACUCGGAUCUCUUGCUGGCAAGACAUAUGUCAUCACCGGAACCACCACAGGUUGUGGCUACGAGGCCGCGAAGCUUCUUCUCUCCAAGGGCGCCCAGGUGCUGAUGCUGAACCGCAGCGCGGAGCGCUCCGGGCAGGUCAUGGAGAAGUACCGCAAGGAGAUCGGCCCAGACGUGCAGGUAAGCGCCAUCACCAUGGACCUUGCUGUGCUUUCAUCAGUGCGUGAGGCCGCCAAGGCCGUGCUGGCACAGGUGCCCAAGAUCGAUGCGCUGAUUUGCAAUGCCGCCAUUGCACAGGUAUCCACGCAAAAGCUGACGGUAGACGGCUUCGAGAGCCAGCUCGGCGUGAACCACUUCGCACACUUCCUGCUAUGUGGUCUGCUCUACGAACGGGUCGAGAAGUCGAACGGUCGGAUUGUCGUGGUAGGAAGCAACGGGUACAACAUGGGCCUCAGGAAGAUGAAUUUCGACGACCUCAACUUCGACAGGGGUUAUCAGGACUUCCCUGUGUACUGCCAGAGCAAGCUGGCUCAAAUGAUCUUUGGCUACGAGCUGCAAAGGCGUGUACGAGCAGCUGGAAAGAAUCUGCAGGUCCAGGUCUGCCACCCGGGUGCCUCGCGAACCGAGCUGGCUAAAGACGAUGAUGUCAGCUGCAUGAUGCAGACCAUGCUGACCUUGUUUUCUCCCUUGGGCCAGAGUGCUGAACAUGGUUCAUGGCCCGAAGUGAUGUGUGCCACGGAGGACAACCUACUCCCCGAGACGUACUAUGGCCCGACUCAGCGGAUGGAGAUGGUUGGCCCCGUCGGGAAGUGCAAAUUGGAGCCACAUGCAUUGGAUGCAGAGGCAGCAAAGAAGUUAUGGACAAUCUCAGAGGAGAAGACCGGUCUGAAAUGGUCUCCGUAG